AUGACGGAACUCAACGACCUUAUAGGCACAGUCUUGGGCUACAUAGUCCAAGGCUUCGAGAACCUCAAGCACAAUGCCGAACACUACGCAUCCAUGUCCCUCAAGGAAUGGGUCCGCAUCGUCACCAUCAUAGGCGCCUACCUCCUCCUGCGUCCGUACCUAAGUCAAUGGGCCGCCAAACUACAAUCCGCGCAGCACGACAAGGAAAUCGUCGCCGACGAGAUGGCCACCCCGGCCACCGGGCCCAAAGCGGCCAUCAGCGCCAACUCCCUGCGAGGACAAGUCGAGGUGCCUGAGGAUAGCGAGAGCGACGAGGACACGUGCGAGGCGGUGGAGGCGACGGCGGAGACGACCAGUGCAAAUUGGGGCAAGAAGGCGAGGAAGCGCCAACGGGCUAUGAUCAAGCGGAUUAUUGAGGCGGAUGAGAAGUUGAGGGCCGAGACGGAGGCGUGCGAUGAUGAGGAGGACAAGGACAUCGAACAGUACCUGACGUAA